UAAGUUUAACUUCGUAGUUGGGAAUAAUAGUAAAGACAAGGCAUACAAGGGGGUUUUGUAUUAUGAGAAAGAUGGUGAAAUCACACAUGUUAAAUUUGUUAAAGUGGAUAAGGAGGAGACUGCUAGAAGUGCUUUUAAAUAUUCUUCAAGGAUAUCUGAUGAGGGGAUUUUGCGCCCGUAGUUCUAUGUGUUUUGUAAGCAGAAGUGUUUUAGGAGUUUACCUUAUAAUGAAGAGUUGGUGAAGGGUGUUUGGACCGUUUGUUAUGACCACUAUGACGAGUCUUUAUAUAAUUGGGUUAAAAGAGUAGUGCGUGAUACGGGUUCUUCAUAUACUGAGAGUAGCAAACUCCCCAUUAAGAAUGCAAGAAACUGUCUUCAUCCUUAUUGGAUAGAGACGAUAAGUCAAUUGAUUAAUGUUGUGGCUCGUGUUCAUGGCAAAGGAUUCUUUCACGGUAGCUUGAAGAAGAAGAAAAAUUAUGUAAUGGGUGAAAAGUGUUUGAAGAUUAUUAAUUUUGGUGGUUCAUUGGAGGGGAAAAAUCAAACAUAUCAAGAUGAGUUGAAAAAGGAUGAUUUUGUUGACAUCAAAAUCAUGUUGGGAUAUUUGUUCGAGUCAUUGCUAGCACCCAAAACUCCAUCGUCGAAGAAAAAAGCAACGAAUUUUGACCUUAGCAAAGAAUGGAUCGAGGCUAAUAGGUUUUUGAAGUUUUUUGACUAUAUUCAUAUUUGGAACUAUGAAAAAUUUGUCUCCAAAUUGCUUGGCCAUCCGUUUUUGAAGAGUCCCCAAGAAAGGUUGGAGUGGAUUGACACGGUCAACAAUGAUAGGAAAGAUCCUAGCACUCAAUGGGAUGUGCUGACUGUCUUGGGAAAAGUUGAUUUUGUUGUAUUUGCUUCUUGGAAAGGUGGUGGAUUUAAAGAAGCUUUUAUGAAGGAAGUUUUUGACUAUAAUCCUUCAUCUUACAAGGAUGAUGUUGUUAGUCUGCUGCGAUACCUGAGGAACUUGAAUCAUCACUUCAGGGAUGUCAAAAAAUGCAAACGUCCUACAGUUGAAGAGGCUGAUCAUGCAGUCCGAAGACAUUUUGAUAAUUUCCUCGAAGUACUUUAUGUGUGUUGGAGUUGUCGUUGAUCAGCAAUUCUAAAGAAUGUUUUGUACGCAUGCACUUUAAAAUUGCCGUAUGUAGUUUAAUAAAUUGUAAGAAUGGUUUUGGAUUUUAGGCACUUGACAAAAGGAAAGAGGGGGUUGAAAUUGAUGGUUUACUUGUGUUGUUGUACCAGUGCUGGCUGUAAUUUUCAGGUUCCAAUUAAGGACCUUGAAUUUUCUAAAAAAACCCGGCCCGACCCGGCCUAAUAUUUUCUCUCUCCUCUUUAAAGUCCGGCCCAUUGACGAG